GCUGGGACUCUCCCAACAAACUUUUCAGAUAACUGUUCUGCCUUGGAAGUGAGACAAGACGAAGGCGUGAGGGUUUCCAGACUUAAACACCUCCCGAAAACUAAGCCAGUCGCCACCAUGUCCAGCAAACGCGCCAAGGGGAAGACCACCAAGAAGCGCCCUCAGAGGGCGACUUCCAACGUCUUCGCCAUGUUCGACCAGUCCCAGAUCCAGGAGUUCAAGGAGGCCUUCAACAUGAUCGACCAGAACCGCGACGGCUUCAUCGACAAGGAGGACCUCCAUGACAUGUUGGCCUCACUGGGUAAGAACCCGUCAGAUGAUUACCUGGAGGGGAUGAUGAGCGAGGCACCGGGUCCAAUCAACUUCACCAUGUUCCUCACCAUGUUCGGAGAACGGCUCAAUGGCACGGACCCAGAGGAUGUCAUCCGCAACGCCUUCGCCUGCUUUGAUGAGGAGGGAUCCGGGGUGAUCCACGAGGACCACCUUCGGGAGCUGCUGACCACCAUGGGCGACCGCUUCACCGACGAGGAGGUGGACGAGCUCUUCCGGGAGGCGCCCAUCGACAAGAAGGGCAACUUCAACUACGCCGAGUUCACCCGCAUCCUCAAGCACGGCGCCAAGGACAAGGAUGACAUGUAGAGGCCCUGCCCCUCCGGUCACACCCUGAUCCAUCUCUCUCACUCCAGCCCCUGAACCAGACGUCUUCCAUUGUGCACCGAAUUCGGCCUGUAACACCCAUUCGCCUGUCAAAGCCAACAACAGCACUAAGUGGAGUCCACCGUAAAGCAAACAUCCCUCUCUGCACUCACAUUAAGUUUGGAACUGUACAAUACAAAAUAUUUUCCAUUUAGGGACCCUGACUGAUAUAGUCAAAGAAUCAUUAUGGACUGGCUAUCUUAUAUUCAUUUGUUCCCCAGGUAACAGCAUAUCCAGACUUUUGCUAUGUAUGAUUAGUUGGCUUAAUUCAGAGGUCUUCUAUAUACCAGUGUCCUACUGCUGCAUUUCAGGCUGGAAUCUACCAGCUCUAUUUUCCCAGCAGCUACUAUUAGUGGACACUUACAAUUCCUUGUUUGUGUCUAAGGUUUGCCAGUUUGAAUCCACCCAGGUUUUGAGAGGCCUUGUGUGUCAAGCAGAGGGAAGGCCAGGGGUCCUUUUUGAAACUAUGUUAAGUAAAAAAAAAAUGUUUUAACUUGUAAAAAAAGUAAUUGUAAAUGUGUGCACUGUCUGCAAGAAAAGAAUGCACUGUGGGAAAUUGGGAGAUUGAGAGUGCAAAACUGUAAGAAGGAACCUGAGAUUAUGAAGUGAAUGUCAGAAUCAACAAAUAAUGAAAACCUGUUUUAAACAAUACUUCUACCCAU